ACUCCCGGAAGUAAACCUGUAGUUCAUUCAUCCAUCAUUGCCGGGAUGGACGAUGCCGAUUGUGCAAGCGCUCAUAUUUGCUGAAUCUAAAGGAUAUGUUUAAAUGAACUUUCAUGAAUUAAAACCAUGGACGAAACAUUGAGACAUCACAAGCCAAACCCAAUCUUGACAGCUAAUCCCUUGUCAAAAUUGCUUUUUUGGUGGAUGAACCCCAUCUUCAGCACUGGCUACAAGAGGAAGUUGGAGGUAGAGGACAUGUUCAAUGUCACCAAUGAGGACGCAUCAGAGGACCUCGGAAAUAGACUAGAGAGAGAAUGGAAUAAAGAAGCAGAAAAGAAGAAACCGCAGAACAAAUCACCAAGCUUAUUCAGAUGUAUAGUCCGGAUGUUUGGAGUCCAGUAUGCCUUAUUAGGAAUCAUUGUGUUCAUAGAGGAAGUUACGAAGGUUGUGCAGCCCCUGUUGCUGGGAAAGUUGAUUCGAUAUUUCACCUCAGAACCAAGCAUAUCAGAAACGGAGGCUUACCUGUAUGCUAUGGGGAUGAGUCUGUCAGUCAUCAUUCUGGCCAUUUUUCACCAUCCUUACUUCUUCACCGUCCAGCGAAUCGGAAUGCAAAUCCGUGUGGCAUGUUGCUCACUCCUGUAUCGAAAGGCUUUACGGCUAAGUAACAAAGCCCUGGGACAGACGACUACGGGACAGAUUGUGAACCUGAUGUCUAAUGAUGUCAACCGAUUUGACACGGCUGUGAUGUUCAUCCACUACAUAUGGAUAGGACCUAGCCAGGCCAUCUUUGUUUUGGUUAUACUGUGGAUGGAGCUGGGUCCCUCCGCCCUGGCCGGCUUCGGUGUUCUACUCUGUCUGGUUCCUGUGCAAAGCCUGAUGGGAAAACUGUUUGCCAAGCUCAGAAACAAGACUGCGAUCCACACAGAUGAGAGGGUCAAGGUCAUGAAUGAGAUCAUUUCAGGAAUGAGGGUGAUCAAGAUGUAUUGCUGGGAAAAACCAUUCGGAGAACUAGUCGCCAAAAUUAGGAAGUGUGAACUGAGGUAUGUUCAGGCAUCAAAGUUCAUCUCGGGAGUUCACGCCUCAGUUUGGACAGUGGGUCCUCGUCUCAUUUACUUGGCUGUGGUUGUUCCUCCAGCUCUCUUGGGAGUCGUUAUCCGCCCGGAACGACUUUACGUCUGUCUUGCUCUGUUGUUUAACUUGACACAUUCGUUUCUUGGCUGUUUCUUUCUCGCCAUCUCGAGAGCUAGUGAGUCUAUGAUCUCGUUGAGGAGACUAAAGAAUUUCCUUAUGCUGGAGGAAUUGGACCAAGGAUCUAUAGAGGAUGCAUCAGGGUUACGUCCCAAGCCACAAAACUGUUUCAUAGAAGUGGACCACCUCUCCGCCAAGUGGGACUCAGAAUCGGAACAGCCAACUUUGAGUGACAUAUCUGUGAGUGUGAAACCAGGGAAACUAUUAGCAGUUAUUGGACCUGUUGGAGCAGGAAAAUCUUCCCUGCUGAUGAGUAUUCUGCAUGAGUUGCCACAGACGGAAGGUAGUGUGAAAGUGCGAGGAAAGAUCUCAUACACUUCCCAGCAGCCGUGGGUGUUUUCUGCCAGUCUCCGACAAAAUAUUGUUUUCGGAAACAAGUUUGAUAAUGCUCGUUACAGCAAGAUCAUUAAGGCUUGUGCAUUAGACAAGGACAUUGAAGUGAUGCCGAAUGGAGACAGCACUAUGAUAGGAGACAGAGGGGUCAGCCUAAGUGGAGGUCAGAGGGCAAGGGUCAGUCUAGCCCGGGCCCUGUACAUGGAGGCUGAUGUUUAUCUACUGGAUGAUCCACUCAGUGCAGUCGAUGCCGUAGUCAGCAGACACCUGUUUCAAAAGGUUAUUAAAGGCAUACUGAAAAACAAGCCUGUCAUUCUGGUAACACAUCAGCUCCACUUUCUGAAAGAGGCAGAUGAAAUUAUCAUUUUGAAAGAGGGUAAGUGUCUGGGCAAAGGAACCUUUGAUGAGAUGUCAACCUCAGGAAUCGACUUUUCCUCCCUACUGCAAACCAAUGAGGAAGAAGAAGAGAAAAAAAAACCUCCUGCUGUAGUGUACGAGAGAGCAACCAGUGUGGAGCAUGCUCACUCCAGUCUACAGAACAUCGGGUCCACUUUCUCCCUUACCUCAAUAGGCACAGAAUUUGAGCCUGAUCCUGUGAAACUACCAGAAGAGGAAGAAAGGAAGGAUGGACAAGUGGGAUUGUGGGUAUACUUCAAGUACUUCCAGGCGGGAUCUGGUCCCAUCAAGUUUCCUGUACUGUUUCUCCUUAACGUGAUUGCACAGGCUGCUUACAUUAUCAGUGACUGGUGGCUAGCUAGAUGGGCCAAUAAUGAGGAAAGAAGAGGAGACAUGAUUGAUCAAGAUGCUCUCCUUAGAUCUCAAGGAAUGAACAAUACAAACAUCACUAUUCCUGACAGCCAGACAGACUUCAAUGUGUACGUCUUUUCAGGGAUCAUUGCAUCUGUGUUCAUCUUUGGCCUUCUCAGAGCCUUGAUGUAUUUCAAGGUGGCAGUUGAUGCAGCCAAACAUUUACACAACAAGAUGUUUAGGAGGCUUCUCCGAGUCCCGAUCAGAUUCUUUGACAUUAAUCCAGUUGGAAGAGUAUUAAACCGCUUUUCCAAAGACACAGGACACAUGGAUGAUAACCUGCCAAUCACAUUCUUUGAUUACAUACAGUGUGUUCUGACAAUUCUCGGCAUCGUCAUUGUGGUGGUAGUCAUCAUUCCGUAUGUUUUUGUGUUAUUGAUUCCAAUUCUGAUCUUGCUGUACAUCACUCGAAGAUAUCACAUCAUUACCUCCAGACAUAUCAAGAGACUGGAGGGAACCACCAGAAGUCCUGUGUUUUCCCACCUAAGUGCCUCUCUCCAAGGUCUGCACACAAUCCGAGCGCUGCGUGUCCAAGAGAAGUUCUGUGAGGAGUUUGACAACCACCAGAACCUCCACACCGAGUCCUGGUUCCUCUUCUUGUCCUCCAGUCGCUGGCUGGCUGUCCGGCUCGACUGGAUGUGUGCCAUUUUUAUCACCGUCGUGUCUUUUGCCUGUGUCUUUCUUGCCAAAGACCUGAAUGCGGGACUGGUGGGUCUGUUGAUGACCUAUGCCAUUAUGCUGAUGGGGCUGUUCCAGUGGGGGGUCAGGCAGAGUGCAGAGGUCGAAAGUCAGAUGAUUUCUGUGGAGAGAGUCUUGGAGUACUCUAAACUGGACACGGAGGAGAAUCUGGAGUCGGACACACCCCCACCUCCCUCUUGGCCGCAGAACGGGAAAAUUGUGGCCAAAAACGCCCGCCUCAGAUAUGGACCUAACUUACCGUGGGUGUUCCAUGGAUUGAACUUUGUCAUCAAUGGCAGAGAAAAGGUGGGACUGGUGGGGCGUACAGGGGCUGGCAAAAGCUCCCUGAUCAGCUUGAUGUUUAGAAUGGCGGAAAUCGACGGCUCCAUAAUAAUAGACGAUGUGGAUACACAGAAGAUUGGCCUCCAUGAACUGAGGAACAAGAUCUCCAUUAUUCCACAGGACCCUGUUUUAUUUACUGGUCCCCUGCGUAAAAAUUUGGAUCCUUUUGGAGAAUCUUCUGAUGAACAGCUGUGGAAAGCCCUAGAAGAGGUUCAGUUGAAGUCUGCUGUGGAUGAUCUUCCUGGGCAGCUGGACUCUGAAGUGUCUGAGGGUGGAUCCAACUUCAGCGUGGGUCAGCGUCAACUGAUCUGUCUGGCAAGAGCCAUUCUUAGACAAAAUCACAUACUGAUGAUUGAUGAAGCAACAGCAAAUGUCGACCCAAGGACUGACAGUCUUAUCCAGAAGACCAUUCGUGAGAAGUUCAAACAGUGUACAGUCUUAACUAUUGCACAUCGUUUGAACACUAUCAUGGACUCUGAUAAAGUCAUGGUUCUGAAUGAAGGAAAUGUGGUGGAAUUUAACCACCCACAUGUUCUGCUACAAGACACAGAGGGAUAUUUCUACAAGAUGGUGCAACAAACUGGUAAAGGAGAGUCCCAGAAACUCCUCGACAUCGCAAAGUCCACCUACAGCAAUAUUCCGCCAGAAAAUCGCCCUGCUCUCUUUACAGAGAGUGAAAGUGUCACAGCAGAUGACAUCUACUUGUCCCAGGGUGACAAUGGUGUGAACUCUGAUAGGGCUAAUCAUGUGAUAAAGAAUCAAGAUGGAGGUGUCUCUUUACCUAAUGGGGUUGUGAAUGAUGAUAAUGAUGAUGAUGAUGAAAACAUUGAUGAAACAGAGACAAGUUCUCUCCUGACUUCCAAUAAUCGUCAAGAACCCGAUAAUGUCGCUAGUCUUUCUCUUUCUCCUGACAAAGAUUCCAUGCCCCUAGUCAAAAAGGAGGACCUGCCCAUUGAAUCCUCAAGCCCUAUCCACCAUGAGAAGGAUUCUACGCCUGGAGCACCAAAUGAAGAUUCCAAUGAGACCUCGGAGACAACGGAACUUUUGAUUUCUGAAGAUGAUAGGGAUUAAAGCAUUAUUGGUUGAAUUGAGAGAGUUUUUUGCGUAGUACAGAAAAAUGUUUUUUAAUGGUACACAAAAUCAGAGGCAGGUUCCCUAGAAGUGCUUUAAUAUUUUUUAGAUAGAACAUUUACGUUUUACAUUUAGAUACCAAAGAAAAGGUGUUUUUAUGUUGAUGUAUCUUUGUAUAGUUACAAGUAUCAAAGUACAUGUAAUGUUUGCAUAUUGUAAACUUUAAUGUAAGAAAUGUGAUUUUUAGUUGUACAGUAGUUUUAAAAAAGGGGAAUGCCUUAAGAAUGUUUAUUUUCUGGUUGUUUUCUUUUUGUUUUGCUCUGACACAAAAAAAUGUUCAUAGUAUUACUUACAUGUAUUUAUAUACAGUCAUUAUAUGUAACCGGUACACUUCUUUAUAAUCAAUAGAAAUUGAAAGAUUUUAUAUUUUGAUAAUGUUUCAUUCAGUACUUAAUUGGUAAAUUAAAGUAUACAAAAUAACUAAUUUCAAACAAACGCUGAUCAGAAUUCUAAAUUGUUACUUGUACCGCUUUCUGGACUCAAUCUCUGCUUUUGAUUUCAUGACUUUUUUUACCUCCCACUUUUGAAUCGCCAGUAGCUAUCAUUUAUGCUGUACAUGUAUUUAAAAACUAAGGACCAUCCUGGUUGAUCUAUUUAAACCAUACACAUGACAAAUUAAUUUUGUGGAUUUUUUUGAUCCGGUAUUAGCAACCUACUUUAAAUAGACAUCCUUAUUUUACUGACAUUUUCCAUAUUUUUGCCUACCCGGUAAAAUGUAUGUAUUGAAUACUCAUACACAUGUGGAGAAUGUGUAUAGUUGAAAUUUACUUCAAUACCCGGUAUAUGAUUGACAAGUGUGUUAUGCUAAUCAUUGGAGAAAGGGGAUGCCUGAAUAUACUAGUUUUGUAUUCCCCAAUAAGCUGUACCUUUCCAUAUGUAUUAUAUAUGAACUUUAUAAUAUUUACAUGUAAACAAUUCUACUUAUCAUAAUAGAAUGUACAAGGGUAUACAUCAACAUAUGUACACAAUAUAUUGUUAUGAAGCAUUAUUGAAAAAAAUAUACUAGUAUAUAAGCCUGUAGGCACCUUUCGUUUUCUAGAUCUUUUCGUUUUGGAUGAUAAUAAUCUUCUAAGAAUUCGGAAGAGAUUUGGCUUGAGCUAUAUGAAUCUCCUCUCAUAUUAUCCCCCCCCCCUCAACUCCACUAAUGUCAGCCAAUUCCAUGAACAUCUUUAUCUUUGAAGAAACAUUAUUUACAUGCAAAUAAUUGUUGUUGAUUCAUUCAAUAUCAUUCUGGAGUUUUCUUCUUACUGUAUCCCAAUCAAGCAAAACAGCUAGAAAAUGUUUUAACACAGAUUAUCUGAAAAUGUUGCUGUGGAAUACUGUUAAUUGACACAAUUACAAUGGAAGUCUAUAUUACUAUAUUGUCUGUUUUUUUCGUUAUGGGGUAUGGCCAGUGAAAUGAAGAUUUAUGUAUCAUGUUGAAACAUAUCUCUGUUUGUGGUUUUGAUUUACUGAUAAUUAUAUGUCUUUUAUUUCGAGAAGCUGGUUGAAAAAAAUAUAGAAAACAAAUAAAUAUUUCAUUUAUCAAAAUACUUGUGUGACUUUACCCGA